ACCCACCAGUUUUUUCACAACAGCAAGAGUGGUGAACACGGCGUAGAGGAAGGGGGAGAAGGGGGAGAGGGCGAAGUCGGCGACGGGUAUGCCGAGCGUCGCCGUUUUCUCCCCGCGGGCUCUGCUCCUCCUUCGACCUCGUCGUCUCCUCCCCCCUUCGUCGCUUUCCUCGCGCUCGGCGCACCCUCCCCUUCCUCUGCUCCGUUCGUCGAAACCCCCUCGCCUCGCCUCCUCCGCAGCCGCCAUCGUCGUCGCCGCCGCCUCCUCCUCCUCCUUCGACGAGCUCGAUUCCGAGGGCGACUCCCCUCGCGGCUCCUCCAAGAAGUCGAUUCUCUUGAAUUUGAUUCAAGAUAUAGAGCCUUUGGAUGUGAGCAUCAUCCAAAAGGACGUACCAGCUGAGACAAUUGAUGCGAUGAAAAGGACCAUCUCGGGUAUGCUGGGUUUACUGCCGUCUGAUCAGUUUCAUGUCCUGGUAGAAGCCUUUUGGGAGCCCCUCUUCAAGUUAUUGGUAUCUUCGAUGACGACUGGGUAUACCCUCCGCAAUGCCGAAUAUAGGCUAUCAUUUGAAAGAAACCUAGAACUUUUUGAAGAAGAUACUGAACAGCAGGAAACAGAAAGUACAGAAGAUAAUAGUCAUCGAGCCUUUGUUGAUCGGAUUCCUACAACGUUCAGUUUUUCUGGGGACGAAGAUAUGCUAUAUGGCACCGAAAGUAAUGAAGAGCAGUUGUGUGAUAAUAUGGGCAUUGAAGAACUAGGAGGCAUAACUCCUGAAGUGAAAGAAUAUAUUCUUCACCUCCAAUCUCGUUUGAAUUCUAUGAAAAAGGAAUUGCAUGAAGUCAAAAGAAAAAACUCCGCCCUACAGAUGCAACAGUUUGUUGGAGAAGAAAAGAAUGACUUGUUGGACUACUUAAGAUCACUAAAACCUGAGAAGGUAGCUGAACUAUCAGAGCCGACCUGUUCUGGGGUUCAAGAAGCUAUGCACUCUAUUGCACAUGGUCUACUUGCUACUCUCUCUCCAAAGAUGCAUUCAAAGGCUCCUACUCCGUCGGAGAAUGCGACAGGCGGAACCCUCAAUUUCGGGAAGGACGACUAUGCGGAGCUUGUGGAGAACACCUCCCUUCAUUUUCAACCCCUCAUAUCAGUCCCUCGGGAUUAUCUUGCUCGACUCUUGUUCUGGUGCAUGCUAUUGGGUCACUACCUCAGGGGUAUGGAAUAUCGGCUUGAGCUGAUGCAGCUAUUGUCUAUCUCUACUGAUGCAGGAUCUGGUUCUCAUGACAGUGAUUACAUUGUUUGAGAAGUUUCCAAAAGGCUAUUCGUCAAACCAUUUGGAGGCCUUGUAUUUGCACUGCAUAGUUUCAUUAUGGGCCCCAAAAUAUUGGUACAAUAGAAAGUAUGAUUACCAUUUUACUUCUUCUCGCUGUUAUUACUGUAAAUUGGAGUCGCAUGUUAAGUGUUUGGCAUAUUAGUAGUAGUUCAAGCUCAGGUAUAUUCACUUAUUCAGCAUUUAUCUGGAUGUUAAACCGUUUUUGAAUGGAAUAGUGAGGUGACCAUGAUUGAGGGUAGGAACAGCCGGUGAAGAUGAUUUUUUCUUGAA